UCCUGAGUUCCCCUUGAUCUCUAGGGGUACUUCACGCAGGCUUCUUUCUUCCAAGACUAAGCAGACAGAUAUUGGGACAAGAAAAAAUGGAGUUACAGUCGCACCGGCUGCUUUGGCAUAGUAUUGUCGAAGGCUUUCACGGCCGGAAUCUCUAGGGUGUGGUGGGGUUUCCGGGCUGCGUGGCCGUGUUCCGGUAGCAUUUUCUCCUGACGUUUUGCCUGCAUCUGUGGCGGGCACCUUCAGAGGAACUGAAGAUGUGUUCUUUGGCUUAAAUGAGCACCUCCCAGCGUACAGAACAGCAGCCUACAGAAUUUGUUUCCAACUAUAGAUGGAAAUCAAGAGGGAAGCUUCACCAGUGGCAUCUCGGCCUGUCAGGUGGACACUUCAGGAGGGCUUGUCGUCCCUGGAAUCACACGACCUGCACGGAAAGAUUCCUGCAACUUUCAAACGAUAAAGAAGCCCAUGGAGAUGGAUUUGGAGAAGCUGUGUGACUCAGGUCAUGUGAUUCCCUGCAAGUUUUAAAGUUGCGGUAAGCAGAAGUAGUUAAGUAACUGGUAACUAUCACGCUUUGAAUGUCUUUUGGCCCACUGCGCUAUGGAAUCUGCCACCAACAUAGCGGAGUAUAUUCUUCAGGCUCCUGUUUUCCACCCGAUCCUCCCUUACAUCACCACAAUUUUUGGCAGCCUGGUCCCGGGCAGAAUGGUUGUAGUGGAGGGCAUGAUUCUAAUGAAUGCGGAAAGGUUCCAGGUUGACUUCCAGACCGGCUGCAGCCUGAGCCCACGGGCCGACAUUGCCUUUCACUUCAAUCCCCGAUUCCGCCCACACUCGCAUGUCAUUUGCAACUCUCUCAGAAAUGGCCGCUGGAUGGAGGAAUCGAAGUUUGUUAACCAGCGCUUGAAAAGAGGAGAUCCUUUCCUGCUACUGUUCCUCUUUGAGCAAGAACACGUGAAGGUGAGCGUGAAUGGCCUACACUACCUCCAGUAUCAUCUCAGCGUUCCGCUGGUCCGGAUAAACACACUGGGAGUCUCUGGUGACAUCAUCGUGAAAACCAUCGCUUUCCUGGCUGGCAGUCCCUUUGAUGACAGCCGAACAGGAUACCCUCUUGCCCCGCAUCUGCAUCUAAAGGACCCUCAUCUGGCUGUACCACUGACCUGCCCAUUCUCCCAGACCCUCAGGCCAGGGGAUGACGUCAUCAUGCGGGGCCUGGUUCAUCAGGAUCCAAAAGAAUUCAACGUCAUCUUGAGGAAGGGCCCGUCUCAGGUUAUCCUGAGUUUGAACGUUUGCUUCUCGAACAAGAAUGUUGUGUGGAAGUCCAUUGUAAGCCAAGGGAAGGAGUCUGGAGAGAAAGUGCCGUUCUACUUCCCCUUCCACCCACUGCGAUACUUUGAGCUGCUCUUCCGCUUCGAAAAGGACCACCUGAAAUGGGCAGUGAACGGGGCCCCACUUGGACAGCGAUGGCUCCCUUUACUAUCCACUGAGCCAAUCACAGAACUGACUGUCGAAGGAGACAUCACACUUUACAGCAUCUUGUGUUGAUCUUGUCCCAGUUGGGUCCAGCUCUGUUCCCAUUUUUCCAAGGCUGAAGUUGAACUAUGUCCCGUGGGGUGGUCUUACUGGCCCACUUUUAAAUUUGGAGAGAGCAGAUGUUGGAAUAUACCAGUGUGCGCAUAGAAGUCCGUGCACUUGGAAAGCUAAUGUGACAGGCAAAAUGGUAGGCUGCAAUCUUUAUUCCUUGCUUUCCAAGAGGAGGGAUUUUGGGAUAGGUGAAAACUUUUCAAUGGAAUGAUGUUCCCGUUCUCUCUGAAGACUGAGAACUUCUCAUGCACCUUUUCUGAAUAUGCAGGUCUGCCUUGAUCAGCUGUUUCCAAAGAGUCUUGGGAGUUGAGGCUGUAGCACUUUGUUCACCUUCUGAGGAAAAAAGCACAACUUGUUUAUGUUUUGUGACUGUACAUUGUGGCCUUUUUCUGUGUAUUAAUAAAGGAUUGUGUGUUUAA